UUAGACCCGUUAUUAACCACCCCUCUCCAACCAGAUUCAUCGACAAACAAAGAAAUGCAAAAGAGGGAACAGGGAAAGUCCGGUGGAAUGGCUGGCGGAGCCGCUGCCCCAGCAGCGAAGAGGGGCCGUCCGUUCGGCAGCACCAGCGGCAGUUCCUCUGGCAUCGGUGCUUCAGCGGAUACUGUUGCUCCAACGACUCUUCUAGGUCCAUCCCUUCAAGUCCACAGCUCCUUCGCUGAUCAAAACAAUAAAAGAAUAGUUCUUGCUCUUCAAAGUGGACUUAAGAGUGAAUUAACAUGGGCUUUGAAUACUCUCACAUUGCUCUCCUUCAAAGAAAAGGACGAUAUUCGCAAAGAUUCUACUCCUCUUGCCAAAAUACCUGGCCUACUUGAUGCUCUUCUCCAAGUUAUUGAUGACUGGCGUGAUAUAGCGCUGCCUAAAGAACUAAGAAAGACAACUAGAAAUAGAACAUUAGGUGUAAAUUCGUUGGUAACCGGAUUUGGUUAUGCGUAUGAGGCAUUGGGCUCAAAUAAUAAUACUGCUUCACGUUCUGGAGUUGGAUCUGCUGCUUCUGCGGCCGAGGGAAAGAGAAAUACUGCUAAAGUUCGUUCUUCAGAGUGGUGGUUUGAUGAAGAUGGCUUGUUUAAUCUAGAUGAAGAGGGGCGUGCAGAGAAGCAGCAGUGUGCUGUUGCUGCCUCUAAUAUCAUUAGGAACUUUUCAUUCAUGCCAGAUAAUGAAGUCAUUAUGGCCCAACAUCGUCAUUGUUUGGAAACAGUGUUCCAGUGCAUAGAAGAUCACAUCACAGAGGACGAGGAACUUGUUACAAAUGCCCUUGAGACAAUUGUAAAUUUGGCUCCGUUGCUUGAUCUUCGAAUUUUCAGUUCAUCAAAGCCGUCUUACAUCAAAAUAAAAGAGAAACGUGCAGUUGCAGCUAUCAUGGGGAUGUUGGGGUCUGCAUUUAAAGCAUGGCAUUGUGCAGCAGCUGAGUUAAUUGGGCGUUUGAUAAUAAAUCCUGAUAAUGAGCCCUUCCUUCUUCCAUUUGUUCCUCAGAUACAUAAACGCUUGGUUGAUCUUAUGAGCUUGCAAACAAUUGAUGCACAAGCUGCUGCUGUUGGCGCACUAUAUAACCUUGCGGAAGUUAAUAUGGAUUGCAGAUUGAAGCUUGCUAAUGAGCGAUGGGCAAUUGAUCGACUGCUGAAAAUUAUCAAGACACCACAAACAGUUCAUGAAGUUUGCAGGAAAGCAGCAAUGAUACUAGAGAGUCUUGUGUCUGAGCCUCAGAACAGGGUCUUGUUGCUAGCUUAUGAGAAUGCGUUUGCGGAGAUACUCUUCUCAGAUGGUAGGUUUUCUGAUACGUUUGCUAGGAUAUUGUAUGAACUUACAUCUAGGCCGAACAACAAAAUGGCGGCUGCACGUGGUGUAUGGGGCAUGUAGCUUAAGGCUUACGCCCAGCAUGGUCAUGUUAGUUGGGGUCUGGGAGCAAGAAUAUUUAAUGGUUUCAGAGAGAGUACGGGUAUGAUUUAAUUGUACAUACCAGCUGACUUAAAUUAUGGUUGGUCAUAGUUAAUGUGGUAGUUGAUAGUGUUACUAUGUUGUUGUAUGUACCUAAUGCAUGGAGUAAUGCUUCUAUCUCAACUUCUUGAAA